AUGGAGGCUUCAUCUCAUCUCUUUGCACUCCCUUCCCGUCUCCAGACACCUUCUUCUCCGCUGAUCUGUAACAUCCUCGACAUUGUUGAUAUUAUCCUCUCUUCUUAUCUUAAUUUUCUGACGCUCGUGUUGUUUCAUACAGCCUCAGCACCAAACAGGAAUCGAGUUCGUGUCCAUGCGAAACCAUCAUCUCCGGAGAGCUUAGAUUCGAACGAUUUGGAUUCUUCCUUGGAUACUACCAACAAAACACAGGGGGAUGAGAAAUCGAAAUCGAUGUCACGGAGACAGUGGAUGAUGAAAUGUGUUUGCUUAUCUCCAGCUUUGAUUAGCAAUGCUUACACAUUUGUCUCUGUAAAAAGCGCAGACGCUUUGGAGAAGAAACCAGGAGUUUGCCGUAACUGUCAGGGCAUUGGUGCUGUUCUUUGUGAUAUGUGUGGAGGUACAGGGAAAUGGAAAGCUCUCAACCGAAAACGUGCGAAAGAUGUAUAUGAGUUUACAGAAUGUCCUAACUGUUACGGUCGAGGCAAGCUUGUUUGUCCGGUCUGUUUGGGUACAGGUUUACCAAACAACAAAGGACUUCUUAGAAGGCCUGGUGCUCGUGAGCUACUCGACAAGAUGUAUAAUGGUCGGCUUCUCCCCAAUUCAUGA